AUGAUGAAGACAAUCAAAGGAAGUGUGACUGAUUUCGCUGCUGGGACUAUCUACGGAACCAUUUUGGCCACGUGGAAAGAUGUUCCGAGAGUGGAGAGAAAGGUGGCUCUUCUGGGUCUUAUCAGGACGCUGAAGAUGAUUGUUGAACAGGUGGUUCAGAGUUAUAGAGGAAAGAGAGAUAUAUUCAAUGGUGGUAUUGGUGUGUUUGUUGCUGGAGCUUCUGUCCUUGGCUAUAGAGCAAGGAGCAUUCCCACAACGAUAGCUGCAGGUGCAACUCUAGCUGUUACAUCUGCUUUGAUUGACUCGGGAGGUCAGACUACUAGAGUAGACAACGGCAGAGAGUAUUAUCUUUACACCCCGGUUGAGAAAACAGCUCAAGCUGACGCCUGA